GUGCCACCCAAUGGUCAAACUCGACAGCUGCUUCAGUUCCGACUGAACUGCAUGUACCGAACCGCCGUCUUCAGUUCCAGAGAUCGAAUUUAUAUCUGACAUUUUAUUAGCUACAAUAAUAAUAUAUUAAUGAAUGCAUGUGUAUUUAGAGAAAAGGAGCAGUGUGUGGUUAUCAGUGUGUUCACAAGAGAACCGUUUAGUGCUGAUAUGGACCACGUCGAGAAAACACUGAACUAAACAAGAAAAACUAUGGCUUCGGCACAACCUCCAAACUUCUCCUGGGUAGAUCCUGGUAAGGUUGCAGGCCUGGCAAUGCCCCGAAUGACGGCCCACUAUCAGUACCUGCUGAACAAUGGCGUCAAGCAUCUGGUGACCCUGAGCGAACGCAAACCUCCUUACCAUGACACCUGUCCAGACCUGACCCUUCAUCACAUCAGGAUUCACGACUUCUGCGCGCCAACGUUUGAUCAAAUCAACAGAUUCCUGUCCAUAGUGGAGGAGGCCAAUGCAAAAGGACAGGCUGUUGCGGUGCACUGUUUGCAUGGUUUUGGGCGGACGGGGACGAUGCUCGCCUGUUACCUGGUGAAGAGCAGGAAAAUCACUGGAAUCGAUGCCAUUAAUGAGAUAAGAAGCAUACGCCGAGGGUCCAUUGAAACCAGAGAGCAGGAACAAAUGGUGGUGCAGUUUUAUCAACAAAAUAAGGUGUAAAAUAAGAAACAUUUAUGAUGCAGAUGUUUAUGAAUGUUAUACAAAGCAAUAAA